AUGGCGCCUCGGAAACCUCGCGAGCGUGAAAUCCUGUUCGACUCCGUCAUCGCGCUCGUCUUCAUCCUUGUCGCCUGCGUCGACCUCUGCGACGGCGCCACAGUCGUCGACGUCUACCGCCUCAUCCAGUACGACAUGUCUGGCGUUCCUUUCGGAUCUCGACUCGCCAGUCUCAACCACCACGCCGCCUCGCUCCACUUCUCUGCGCACGCUGAUCUCUCUCGCACCGUCCUCCUCAUACCACUUCGCGAACUUAACAUAUCUUUUGUCAAAGAAUAUAUUGCUGAAAGCAAACCUCUUGGGGGUUUAAUAUUUUUGCUUCCCCGGAUGUUCAGUUUUGAAAACAAAGAUGGUAUCGUAAGUAACCAUCAAGAUGGGAGUAAAGAAUCGCUGAAGAAUGUAUUGGCUGAACUUGAACAAAUACUUAUACACGCCAACUUACCUUAUCCUGUUUAUUUUGCAUUUGAGGAUGACCAUAUUGAUGCUGUGUUAGCUGAUAUCAAGAAGAAUGAUGUCACUGGUCAGCCUGCUACUGCAACAACUGGCGGAUACAAAUUUGUUGUUUCAGCCGCAGAACCAAGGAAAGUUGUAUCUCCUCCCAUUACAAAUAUUCAGGGAUGGUUGGCAGGCCUGAAGACAGAUGAUGAUGCUCACCAAUUACCCACCAUUGCGAUAGUGGCAUCAUAUGACACCUUUGGGGCUGCUCCUGCAUUAUCAGUGGGAAGUGAUAGUAAUGGAAGUGGCAUUGUGGCUCUUCUUGAAGUAGCUAGGCUGUUUUCUCUCUUGUAUUCUAAUCCGAAGACAAGAGGACAAUACAAUCUGCUGUUUGGGCUAACGUCUGGUGGGCCUUACAACUACAAUGGAACUCGUAAGUGGCUUCGGAGCUUUGAUCAACGUCUGCGUGAGAGCAUUGACUAUGCUAUUUGCUUAGACAGUAUUGGUUCUUGGGAAAAUGAAUUGUGGAUUCAUGUGUCUAAGCCUCCAGAAAAUGCCUUCAUUAAGAAAAUUGUGGAAGAUUUUUCAAGUGUUGCAGAAGAACUAGGUUUUAAAGUGAAUCUGAAGCAUAAGAAAAUAAACAUUUCCAAUCCUCGAGUAGCUUGGGAGCAUGAACAGUUUUCAAGGCUGAGAGUUACUGCUGCCACCCUUUCUGAACUCUCUACAGCACCUGAAUUGCUCGAAAAAACUGGUGGUUUGGUUGACAGCAGGCAUUUUGUCAGUGAAGAAACUAUUGUCAGAAGUGUAAAAUUAAUUGCUGAGAGUCUUGCGAGACAUAUUUAUGGACAUCAAGGAAAGAACAUUCAGAUAUUUGCAGACAACACUAACUUGGCUGUUAAUCCUUCUUAUGUUCGGUCAUGGUUAGAUGUUUUGUCCCAAACGCCACGAGUAGCUCCAUUUUUCUCAAAAGAUGAUCCUUUUGUCAUGGCACUGAAAAAGGAAUUAGAAGAUCACACUGAUGAGGUAAAUCUGCAUAGAGAUGUGCUAGAUGGAAUGUUCACUUUCUAUGAUUCAACCAGGGCAAAGCUGAACAUAUAUCAGUUUUUCCUUCCUAUAGUCAAGAUCGAUGAAUAUUGCAGAUACGAAAUAGAGCUAAGGAAAAUUAAGUAG